GGGUACCAAACUCUUGAUGUGGAAGCAGUGGAAAGUGAAGCAUAUGUCAGCGAAGGGCAAAUUUUCGGUAUCUGAGUGGAAAGCAAUGACUGAUGCUACGCCAUUUCAAUGUUAAGUUCAAAUAUUCAAACUUCUUGUUUAUAUAUGUGCGUGUGAGGAGGAAUUGAUAGUUAGAAUUUGGUCGGUGUUCCCAGCAAAAUUAAUUAGAUAAAAUAACUGGAAAAUAUAUCACACUCACACAGCUUGCCUUAAAAAAACACACACAGAGCCAUGGAAUUGGAAGCUCAAAGAAGCAACGCCAAAAAGAAGAAAGCGCUUUUGAUUCUCAACUGCAUCUGCCUAUGCAUCGGAAACUGUGGGGGCCCACUAAUCAUGCGCCUCUACUUCAUCCACGGCGGCAAACGGGUUUGGCUUUCCAGCUGGCUCGAAACCGGUGGUUGGCCAGUCAUGCUUAUCCCCAUCACCGUCAAUUACUUUCGCCGCCGGAAAACCGCCUCCGCCGCUGGAGGCACCGCCAAAUUCUUCCAGAUAAAACCUCCCCUGAUCUUGGCCUCCGCUUUCAUCGGCCUACUCACCGGCGUGGACGACUACAUCUACGCCUACGGCGUCGCUCGGCUUCCGAUUUCGACCACGUCGUUGAUCAUAGUCUCUCAUCUGGCUUUCACGGCUGGUUUCGCUUACCUUCUGGUGGGCCAGAAAUUCACCUCGUAUUCGGUAAACGCCAUCGUUUUGCUGACGGUUGGAGGGGCAGUUCUGGCUUUGCAUACGAGUGGGGAUCGUCCGGAGGGGGAGUCCAAUAAGGAUUAUGUCUUGGGGUUUUUGUUUACUGUCGCAGCUGCGGCUCUGUACGGACUCGUAUUGCCGUUGAUGGAGUUGACGUACAACAAGUCAAAGCAGAGUAUCACUUAUUCUUUGGUUUUGGAGAUUCAGAUGGUUAUGUCUCUUUUUGCUACCGUUUUCUGCACCAUCGGGAUGUUGAUUAAUAAAGAUUUUCAGGCUAUUCCAAGAGAAGCGAGAAAGUUUGAGCUUGGGGAAACUAUGUAUUAUGUGGUGAUUGUAUUGAGUGGAAUCAUAUGGCAAGGAUUCUUCGUGGGAGCAAUAGGAAUCAUAUUCUGUGCCUCAUCUUUGCUAUCAGCCAUUGUAAUUGCUGUUCUACUACCAGUCACAGAGCUACUAGCUGUUAUAUUCUACCAUGAAAGUUUCAAAGCUGAGAAGGGUGUUUCUCUUGUGCUUUCUCUUUGGGGAUUUGCCUCCUAUUUCUAUGGUGAAAUUAAACGUGGCAAGAAAAAGAAUAAGCAAAACCCAGAAACAGAAAUUCCUACUCCAAUUGCUGAUCCAUGAUGGGCAAAUAUUGUGUUUGAUUUUCUUCUUUUUCUGUAUAGAAAUUUGAGUGAUUUAACAUGUAUUGUCGACAAGGGUGGCUUUUACUAUUAAACUGUUUUUAUAAGAAUAUGGUUUAGCAUGUUUGUACCAUUAGUGUAAGAUCUAUAAUAUAGGAAUAUUUAUCUUGCCAUUUUAAAAGAGUAAAAGAAAAAAGAAAAAAAGAAAAAAAGCCACGAAUUUGGCUUUACAUAUAGUUUGCAUUCAUGAUUUGAAAUGGGAAUUAUAUCAAAUAAAAUUUCAAUGAUUGCUCCUCAUUGUAUCAA